AGAAGCUCACAACGUCGCGGGCAAAGAUGCAGCCCAACGGGAUGCACAUGCUCUGCUAAUGAAAUUGAACUUUACUUAAAAGAAACAUAGGAAGAGGCUAUCGACAGGUGGUUGUUGUGGGGCAUUUGCACAGUUGUAGACUACAUACCCCCAUACUUUUCACUGCGCGCCGUCGCAAUGAUGCUGCCCUGUGGAACUUUGUUUCUACUUGCGGCUCUCUACUCUAACUUCGACCUUUCUGAGGCUAAGGGAUGCUCAGGCUCAUCCUGUGGGGAUUGUGACUGCAGUGGUGUGAAAGGAGGAAAGGGUGAGCGGGGAUUAACUGGUCUCCAAGGCAACAUGGGUUUUCCAGGGAUGCAGGGCCAUGAGGGGCCCUCUGGGCCGAUGGGCCCCAAGGGGGACUAUGGUGAGUCUGGGUCUCCUGGACAGAAAGGAAGUCGUGGCCCUCCUGGUCUAGCCGGUUUCCCAGGAAACCCGGGCCUUCCGGGUAUUCCUGGACAAGAUGGCCCUCCAGGAUCACAAGGUAUCCCAGGGUGCAAUGGGACCAAGGGAGAACGAGGAAAUGAUGGGAGUCCUGGCUUACAUGGCCUGCAGGGUCCACCUGGUCUACCUGGACUCCAAGGAAUGAAGGGAGAGCCUGGGAUUGUUAUGGGAAUAAAAGGAGACAUUGGAUUUGCUGGAAGACCUGGACAACAAGGACUACAAGGACCAGUAGGCCCUCUGGGCCCCAAGGGGCCCCCAGGAAAUGAAGGACCCAGAGGUUUCCCUGGCCCCCCCGGUCCUCCAGGAGAGAAGGGUGACCGACUGUCGUUUCAGAGUGAGAAAGGAGACAAGGGUGAUAAAGGACUCAAGGGGCCCCCUGGCCCUCCGGGCCGCACCGGUUCGGAACAAACAGGCUCUCCUGUCACACAGUACAGCCCUGGACAGCCAGGAGACAAGGGAUCCCAAGGAGACAAAGGCGACAAAGGAUUCUGCGUGCCCCAUGCGAAUGGUGUGAAGGGGGCGCCCGGACCACCUGGGCCCAGGGGCAAACCCGGAAAGGAUGGGGAAGAUGGAUUUACGGGAGAGAAAGGCUUCUCCGGGGCUCCCGGAUACAACGGCCAGACGGGUCAAAAGGGAGAGAGGGGGCCACCAGGAUAUGGUUCCGGUUCACCUGGCCCUCAAGGGCCCCCUGGUUUUCCUGGAUUACAAGGAGAGAGAGGUUUCCCUGGUAUCCAAGGCGAUCCUGGACCCCCUGGAGGACACAUAGAAGGCCCUCCAGGUGAGAGAGGCCAAAAAGGAGAUGUUGGCCUCAAGGGCAAUCCAGGACUGGAUGGGGAGUCUCUCCGGGGGGCCCCUGGACAGGACGGAUUGGCUGGACCUCCUGGCCCCCCUGGAACAAUGGGUACUGAUGAAACAUGUCCAGGAAUAACAAAGGGAGGCUCUGGGCCUCCUGGACCUCAGGGUCUGAGAGGGGAGUUGGGACAGAAAGGUGACCGUGGGGACACGUGUGUACAGUGUGAAUCCUUCGGCCCCCCAGGAUUAGCCGGCCCCCCGGGGCCCAAAGGACAACAAGGUUACCCAGGCCCAGCAGGCAGCAAGGGAGACAAGGGUCAGUCUGGUCCUUCUGGACCUCCAGGAACACCCGGUAGUGUGGGUACUCCAGGUUUGAUGGGGGCCCCUGGGUCCGUCGGUGAGCCCGGGGACAUGCUCGUGGCUCCUGGGCUCAAGGGAGCCAAGGGACUGCCUGGCACAGCUGGCACCUCCGGGUUACCAGGGGUGGACGGCCUGCCGGGGCAGGAUGGCAGACCAGGCAUUCCGGGGCCAAAAGGAGAACCCGCCCGAGAGGGCAUUAAGGGGGACCGCGGUCGGGACGGAGACCCAGGUCCCAUGGGGCGCUCAGGGGAGAGAGGCCCUCCGGGACAGCCAGGGUUUGGCCGACAGGGCGAGGCUGGAGAUAAGGGCCCCAUGGGUCAGCCAGGCAGACCAGGAGCCCCUGGACAACCAGGUGUGAAGGGAGAGCCGGGUAAAGGAGUGAGCUCACCUGGACCACAGGGAACUCCUGGAGCCCGAGGAGAGACAGGCCGACCGGGACUACAAGGUAACAGCGGGCCCCAGGGUGACCCCGGGAUGCCGGGAUUCCCAGGAUCGAAGGGGGACCCCGGUCAACCUGGCAUAGGAUUUCCUGGACUACCCGGACCCAAAGGAUACUCGGGAACCCCUGGAGCCCCUGGAGUCCCCGGAGAGGCAGGUCGACAGGGGAAGGACGGCCUCUCUGGUCGGCCUGGAGGGCCAGGUCCAAAGGGAGAGCCUGGCAGGGGUCUGCCAGGGCCCAAGGGCUCAGAGGGCCCCCCAGGGGUGACAGGCUUUCCUGGGGACAAGGGCAACGUGGGGCUGCCUGGCAUCCCAGGAACGGAGGGACCCUCAGGACCGCCCGGACCUCACGGAAUCAAAGGUGACCCAGGACCACCCGGACGUCACGGUGUGUCCGGCCAGCCAGGACCUCCUGGAGCUGGGGACCCUGGAGCCCCCGGGCCCAUGGGACCCCCUGGAAAAGCAGGACCUUUUGGUCGGGAUGGUGUGAAGGGAGACAAGGGAUUCCCCGGUUCCCCUGGCCAAGACAUGCCUGGUUUUCCGGGGGACAAGGGAGCCCAAGGCUUCCCAGGCACCCAGGGAUCUAGGGGCCUGGCCGGACGACCGGGCCCCUCUGGUAGAGAUGGCCUACCAGGAGACCCAGGUCCCAAGGGAGAGAUGGGUGUCAUAGGCACUCCAGGAACCCCAGGUUACCAGGGGUCUCUCGGCUCACCAGGUUCCCCUGGACUCAGAGGCGACCCUGGGAUAACAGGGCCCAGGGGAGACUUUGGUGAGCCAGGCCCCAAGGGAGAGAGGGGGGAACAAGGACUGCAGGGGCCCGCAGGGAACAUGACGGAAGUGGACAUGGAACACAUGAAGGGAGAGAAGGGAGAUAUCGGAGUGACAGGUGACGCAGGUGUGACGGGAGACAAGGGUUACCCGGGGCUACCUGGAUCACCUGGACUGGCGGGGAAGGAUGGCGAACCUGGUCAGCCCGGACAAGCAGGUGUGAAGGGAGACUUGGGUUUUCCUGGAGAGCCUGGCGGUGAAGGCAAACCUGGACAGAAAGGCUCUUCUGGAGACAUGGGACUACCAGGUUCAACCGGUCCAAAGGGUGCCAAGGGGAUUGUGGGCACACCUGGGCACACAGGCUUCAGGGGCUCUGACGGGGACAAAGGAGACCAAGGGGUGCCCGGGGAGCCAGGGGUGGGCAUACCUGGACCACCUGGAGAGAAGGGUUUCACUGGCUCGCCUGGUACUUCGGGUAACCCAGGAGAUAAGGGUCUGAAGGGUGGUAUGGGGACGCCAGGCAUGCCAGGGACACCAGGCUCCAAAGGGGACACAGGCUCCAUUGGAUACCCAGGUCAGCCUGGUCAGCCAGGUGAGAAAGGAGUUGUCGGGCUGCCAGGGUCAUCUGGAGAGCCAGGGCGCCCGGGGCGACCAGGUGACCCUGGCCUGCAGGGACCUCCUGGGCCUGUGGGGGACAAGGGGGACUCGGGCGUGGACGGCAUCCCUGGAUCCUCAGGAGAGAGGGGUGACCCAGGGUUACCUGGCAGGGGCUUCCCUGGAACUAAUGGACAGACCGGCACCAAAGGUGAUAAGGGUAGUCACGGGGUCCCGGGUACUCCAGGUCACCCAGGUAUUCCAGGGACAAAGGGGGACAAGGGCACACAAGGCUUCCACGGCUCCCAGGGCCAGCCAGGAGAGAGAGGCCUGCCAGGAUCGUCCAUGGAGGGCCCCAAGGGGGACAAAGGAGUGACAGGGCAGCCUGGAGAGCCAGGAUCCUUAGGGGCCCCCGGGCCAGCUGGUAUCCCAGGCAGAGAGGGCCCCAAGGGGGACAAGGGAGAGAGUGGUCCAGCUGGCGUGCAGGGGGAGACGGGAUUCAAAGGAGAACGCGGAAACCCGGGACUUUCUGGACAACCUGGCCUUCCAGGUGUUGAUGGGCUGAAGGGAGAGCUUGGUGUGCAGGGUGCGCCUGGGUUCCCUGGGACAAAGGGAGAGAGUGGAUUUGUUGGGUUUAAAGGAGAGAUGGGAGACCGAGGAUUCCCUGGGGUCAAAGGUGUUGACGGCCCCCCUGGCCCCUCUGGCCCCCACACCUUCAUUAAAGGAGACCUUGGCUUCCCUGGAACACAGGGGCCCGUUGGUCCCGAGGGGCCCCCAGGCUUCCCUGGCCUGAAAGGACAGCAAGGCGUGACUGGUAUUCAGGGCGUUAAGGGAGAAGAGGGGCAUCCUGGCUACAACGGUCAUCCUGGAGCCAAAGGAGAACCUGGCCUGACUGGUCCAUUGGGACCUAGAGGUCACCCUGGACCCCCUGGGCCUGAUGGCGUACCUGGACAGGUAGGCCCACCUGGGCCCUCCUCCAUGGACCACGGUUUUCUUGUCACCAGGCACAGCCAAUCGGUGGAUAUUCCAGAGUGUCCUGAGGGAACGUCCUUGAUCUAUGAUGGCUACUCCCUCCUAUCCGUCCAGGGGAAUACGCGCACACAUGGGCAGGACCUUGGCACGGCCGGGAGCUGUCUGAGGAAGUUCAGUCCCAUGCCGUUCCUGUUCUGCGACAUCAACAACGUGUGUAACUUUGCCUCCCGCAACGACUACUCCUAUUGGCUCACCUCACCCGAGCCCAUGCCCAUGAGCAUGGCCCCUAUCACUGGACACAGCAUCAAACCCUUCAUCAGCAGGUGUUCCGUAUGUGAGGCUCCUGCCAUGGUCCUAGCCGUGCACAGCCAGACCAUCAUGAUCCCAGCAUGCCCCUCUGGCUGGGACUCGCUGUGGAUUGGAUACUCCUACGUCAUGAACACUGGUUCUGGUGCGGCGAGUUUUGGCCAGGCUCUGGCCUCCCCCGGCUCCUGUCUGGAGGAGUUCCGCAGCGCUCCCUUCAUCGAGUGCCACGGCAAGGGCACCUGCAACUACUACGCUAACGCCUACACCUUCUGGCUCGCCACAAUCGAGGAUGAGGACAUGUUUACGAAACCAAUCCCAGCUACGCUUAAGGCAGGGAACCUACGAACACACAUCAGUCGCUGUCAAGUCUGCAUGAAGAGGACAUAAACCCUCCGCCUAACCAACCCCGCUCCAUGACCCUGGCCAACCAUGCCAGUGGGCUUGGCUUGACUUUUUCGUUUUGACCAAAGGAUGGUGCUACUUCCUGUGUGUGUGUGUGUGAGUGGAGAGGGACAGAGAUGAAACAACCGCAGAGGGAGGAGUCGUCUCUGUAAGACUGAAUUACAACAACCCUCCGAGAAAAUACAAACAGAAGCAGACACACACAGACACACACACACACCCACUCACACACACGUGGAGAGCAAGCCACGAGACCCCUUGGUCCCUCGCUCUAUACAGAACAAGUUACUAACAUUUUCACGGCAUUUUUUUGGUAAGAAAUGGAGUCCAGUUUACGAAAUGCACUGAGUACACACCCAUCAGUAAACUGACAUCCACUCUAGAAGGAUUGCUUGUGCCAGUCAGGUGCUAUUGAACCAUCAUUUCCUUGCCUUAUCCCUGUCUAUGUUGUUACCUUUAUACAGAUGCCUACUUCAACUCGAGAUUAGAGAUUAUAGAGUAUUUGUUUUUGUCUACACCUUUUUUUUCUCCAAUUUUAACACAUACUAAUGUAGGAUGGGAGUUACCACUGGUUUUUCUAGUCAUUAUGAGAGAUAAUCACUUUUAAAUUAAGUGUUGCAAGCAGCACACUGGUAUAGCUUUGCUCUGAUGUAAAUAUACUGCUUUCAUAUUUUCUCGCUAACAUACAGUCACUAUAAUCUUCUAUUCAGGUAUUGACAUUAAUGUGUGUUAUUAUGUCACUUCUUUAUUUAUGAGAUGUAUGAGAAUAUGCAAUCAACCCUGAGUGGAGAUGAAUGUUGAAUGUCCAUCAACAAUAUUAGACUGUGUGGUCAUUUACUUUUAGUCUCUUGAGUGUGCCAGAUGGGUGGAGCUAAACCUUGGACCAAAGCCAUCUGUAUCCCUUUACAACAUGCAAAUACAAUCCAACGAUAUGCAAAUCAGAACAGCCAAACACAUGCCUUGAUGGAAUGCGAAAUACCCAAGAAAUGCACACAUCCUCACCUCUAUGUGUUCCCUUACUCCUAUCUGAUAUACUUGACCACGCUAACCGCCAUCUUCUCCCCUGUAUUGACAUGCAGACCUUAUAUCCUACAGUGUAGCCAAUAAGCACCAGGAGACCGAUAGACAGGCUACUUGGACACAGUCAGAUGGACCUAGACUUGUUAGCCCUACAGUAGUGUCACAGAUCCACUCGACGUCUGCCACGUUCAUAACAACAAGGAUAGGAGGGGUGCAUUCUUAAGUGCCUUAUAGACAUAUCGUGUUGCCUUGACACUUUCACGUGUGUUGUGAUGUGGAGUUAUGAAAUUCCUUGGAAACAGCAUUUCACCCUCACAUACCAUAACCCUAUCAGGGCUUUAAUGAUGGAUACGUUGGACAUCAUCACCAUUCGGACCUCAACACCUUUUUCGAGCGGCGUCGCCUUAUUCAUUUAGGGAAAUGAAUGCUCAUUCAAACCAGCAGUGUUAGCCAUCCUUACAGAGGAAAGAGACCUGGGAGGGAGAUGGAGAGGAAAAAAUAGAAAGAUUUUAACUAGAGGGACCAUGGGUUUUCAGUUCCUAUACCUUUGACAUACACACCAAUGUCUGCCCAGCUCUCUGCUUGACCCCCAGUCCCAUACUGUGUAAUUCAUACAAUAAAAUAAUUGUUUAGAA